AUGUCCGCGCUCGAUCUUAUCGCGCAAUAUACACAAAAGGCGCUUGUUAGCCUCCCGGAGCCGGCCCAACUUCUCCUUCGUAAUUCGAGAGCCCAAAAGACCUUGGGUGUGCUCGCAGCAUUGGGUCUCCUCCGCGCCACAAAUAACCUAUUUUCAAAAUGGUCCCUUCAGAAUUGGACAUCGAACCAGCCUUGGGUCGCCGCCCGCGAGCUGAUCUUGCUCACAGGGGGCUGUAGUGGAAUCGGCAAGCAGGUCAUGGAGGACUUGGCGCGCACCGGUGUGCGUGUCGUGAUUCUCGAUAUCAAUGAGCCAGACUUCCAGUUGCCCGCCAAUGUCGCCUUCUACAAGGCAAACAUCACUUCCUCUGCGGAUAUUGCCAAUGUUGCAAAGAUCAUCCGCGCGAAGCAUGGUGAGCCCACGGUGUUGAUUAAUAACGCCGGUGUCGGUUACGAGGGGACUAUCCUCGAUGAGCCGGAGGCCAAGAUCCGGCAGACCUUUGAGGUGAACACUCUCUCGCAUUUCCUGAUGGUGAAAGAGUUCUUGCCUGCAAUGGUCAAGGCGAACCAUGGACAUGUCGUGACGGUUGCUAGUAUGGCGAGCUUUGUUGCACUAGGCGAGAUGGUGGAUUAUUGCUGCUCAAAGGUGAGCGCGCUUGCUUUCCACGAGGGAUUGCGCCAGGAAUUACGCCACUGGUAUAAGGCACCUAAUGUGCGCACUAGUGUGAUUCACCCCCUGUGGAAAGACUUCAACCAACCUAUCAUGACCCCCCAGGUUGUUUCAGAUGCUAUCUGCAAACAAAUCCUCACCCAGACCAGUGGCCAGAUUGUCCUGCCUGGCAGCCAUUCGGCUGUUAGUGCAGUGCGCGCAUUGCCAAUCUGGAUACAAGAGCAUGUGCGCUCUAUUUCUUCCGGUAACUUGCUGAAGUUGCGCGUGGCAGACCAGGGGAAAGCGAAGGCGCAGUAA